AGUAGUGGCUUCACCACCACAACACCUAAGCUCGUUUGAAGACUAGAGAGAGAUUGAUUGAUUCCUCUAAAAGGGUUCUUGUCUUUCCAGAAAGAAACACAAGAAGAUCAAUAUUGUGUCAAGAGGGGAAAUGGGGAGGGCUCCUUGCUGUGACAAGGCAAACGUGAAGAAGGGACCAUGGUCACCUGAAGAAGAUUCCAAGCUCAAGGAGUUCAUCGAGAAGUUUGGGACUGGUGGUAAUUGGAUUGCUCUUCCACACAAAGCUGGUUUGAAGAGAUGUGGGAAGAGUUGCAGAUUGAGAUGGCUUAACUAUCUAAGGCCAAACAUAAAGCAUGGAGAAUUCUCUGCUGAUGAAGAUAGGAUUAUCUGUAGUCUCUUUGCUAGCAUUGGAAGCAGAUGGUCAGUGAUAGCUUCUCACUUGCCAGGCAGGACAGACAAUGAUAUCAAGAACUACUGGAACACAAAGCUCAAGAAGAAACUCAUGGGUUUUGUCCCUUCUACUUCCUCUCAGAGAAAGCCCCCUCAGCAAUCCUUCCCAUUUCAGCAUCUUAAAACUCUGUCAUCAUCUCCAUCACUAUCUUCUUCAUCAUCAUAUAAAGGUAACAGUACCACUAAUUACUACACCCCAACUGAAUCUUUCACAAGCCCUGAACCCAUUUCUAUCCCAACAAAUCUUCUGAGCAACACCAACAUUUCUAUUACCACAACUUAUCCCAUUCUCCAAGCCCAGGAGAUCAGCUUAGUGAGUCCCAUGUACCAAUUCCAAGUUAAAGACAAUCUCCUCAUGUUUGGAGGCACUGAACCAAGCUGCAGCUCUUCUGAUGGGAGUUGCAGCAACCAGAUCAGCUAUGGCAAAGAGAUUGAAUUUGAAUAUGGUGGUGGAGGAGGUGGUGGUGGUGGUGGUGUUAAUGCUGCACAGCAUCAGCAGCAUCAGCAGCAUCAGCAGCAGAUGGGUCUGGGGACUUAUCUUUAUAAUGAGAUCGAAGAGAACAAGAAAUUCUUGGUGGGUGGCAACAAUGGAGGUCAUGGGAUUGAUGGGUGGACUGAGAAGCCAAAUGGGCUAUGGGAAGAAGAAGUUCCAUUAGAGUAUGGACUAGAGGAGAUCAAGCAACUCAUUAGCAGUAAUAAUGGUAAUUGUAACAGCUUCUUUGUUGAUGACAACAAGACACAAGGGAGGGUCAUGUACUAUUGAAAGUUUGAAACUGACACUGACUGUAUGCAAAAAUCAGAAAAAAAGAUUUGAAUCGGGUAAGGUGAGAGGAGAGGGGUUGGAGGACUGGACAUUCAUUUGGUCAGAUCGGGUAAGUGGUGACGGGAGAUUGACUGAAGUAAGAGAGAGAGAGAGAGAGAGAGAGAGAGAGAGAGAGAGAGAGAAGUCUUUUUUGUUGUUUAAAAACCUUUUGAUAGUACAUUGGUAAAAGCUUCCUUUGUGCAUUUCUUUUUGGGCAGAUAAGUAUGUGUGUGUGUGUUCGUACGGUUCCACUUAGCUAUUUAUCAGAAUUCAGAAAUUAAACGUCAUAGGAAC